UCUCUCCCACAGCCUCAUCUGCAAGAGAUCCAUUUUUACCCUAAAUCUCUCAUUCAGAAUCAUUACAUCCAUUCGCGGUUUCUGUAACCACACGCAACAAAUCAGGGUUUUGAGGUGUAAUUUGGCCAAUGCAUGAGAAAACCACAAAGGAGAGGAGCCAUGGCGAUGGAGAAGUCGAGCUCAAAGUACAGAACACAUUUUUGGUACGUGGCAGUGGUCUCUUUCCUCCUCUGGCUUGUCUUGCUUUACCUUUUUAACUCCUCCGUUAAAACCGUUCAUAACCACGAGAGAUUGUUCCGGCAAGAAAACGUCAUCGAUCUCCCCAUCCACGUCUCACAAAAAAACCACGAAUCGGACCAAGCUGCUGUCUCUGACGUCGACAACAUCGAUCUUCCUGUCACCGGCAAUGAUUCGUCUCGAGAGUUUCAGAUUUCGGAAGAUGCCAAGGCUGUGACUGAUCUCGUUGAGGAACUUGAGAAAGAAAACGUUGAGGAUGUGAAGAAGAGAGGUGACACGGCUUGGAGUCAUCGGUCCACGAGGUCUAGGGGAGGACAUCGUGAGUCACGAAGGAAGAGAUCUUCGGAUAAGAUAAGGGUUCGACCUAAUGAUGACGACGACGAGAGCAAUGUGGAUAACAGUGAUAAGAACGAUGUUACAUCAAAGAAAAAGCAACUUGAUGACAAUAACGAUGUGGAGAGUAAGAGAGGUAAUGGUAAUCUCGAAGAUGAUAACACCUCUCAAGGAAAAAAAUCGAAUAAUAUUAUUUCCAGGGUAAAAAGCAGAGUAAACACCAAGAGAAACCGACCUAAAGUUGUGGUACGGCCAAGAGUAACGCGACGUAACGAUCCAUGUCGUGGAAAAUACGUUUACAUGCACGAUGUUCCGUCUUUAUUCAACGAGGAGCUUCUCAAGAACUGUUGGACGUUGAGUAGGUGGACCGAUAUGUGCGAGUUAACAUCGAACUUCGGUUUAGGCCCUCGUCUACCAAACAUGGAGGGAGUUUCUGGUUGGUUUGCAACGAAUCAAUUCACACUGGAAGUGAUAUUCCACAACAGGAUGAAGCAGUACAAGUGCUUGACCAAAGACUCGUCUUUGGCUUCUGCUGUGUAUGUUCCUUACUAUCCCGGUUUAGACUUGAUGCGGUUUCUGUGGGGACCGUUUCCUUCUAUGAGAGAUGCGGCGGCGCUUGAUUUGAUGAAGUGGCUGAGGGAGAGACCAGAGUGGAAGAGAAUGGACGGUCGAGAUCAUUUUAUGGUGGCUGGUCGCACCACUUGGGACUUUAUGCGUACACCAGAGAAUGAAUCCGACUGGGGCAACAGGUUAAUGAUCUUACCGGAAAUAAGAAACAUGACGAUGUUACUAAUAGAAUCAAGCCCAUGGAACUACCACGGAUUCGCGGUCCCUUACCCGACCUACUUCCACCCUUCAACCAACGCAGAGAUCCUCCAAUGGCAGAACCGUAUGAGAAGAAUCAAACGCCGUUACCUAUUCUCAUUCGUAGGUGCACCGCGUCCAAACCUAGGCGACAGCAUAAGAAGCGAGAUCAUGGACCAAUGCAAAGCGUCCAGAAGAAAAUGCAAGCUUCUCGAAUGCGUCUCGGGCUCUCAAAAAUGCUACAAACCCGACCAGAUCAUGAAGUUCUUCCUGAGCUCAACGUUCUGUCUCCAACCGCCCGGUGACUCGUACACUCGACGCUCCACUUUCGACUCGAUCUUAGCUGGUUGUAUACCGGUUUUCUUCCAUCCAGGGUCGGCUUACGCGCAGUACAUUUGGCAUUUACCGAAAGAUAUCGGUAAAUACUCUGUUUUUAUACCGGGGAAGAACGUUAAAGAAGGUAAAGCGAGUAUAGAGAGGGUUUUGAGUAGGAUUCCGAGGGGGAAAGUUGUGGAGAUGAGAGAGGAAGUGAUAAAGUUGAUACCGAGGUUGAUGUAUUUUAACCCGUCGGGUAAGAGAGGAGACGCGGGGAGGUUUGAAGAUGCGUUUGAUGUGGCUGUGGAAGGGGUUUUGGGGAGAGUGGAGGGGUUAAGGAAGAGGAUUGAGGAAGGGAAUGAGGAGAUUUUUGAUUUUCCGGAGAGGUUUUCUUGGAAGUAUAAUGUGUUUGGGAACAUUGAGAAUCAUGAGUGGGAUUCUUACUUCGAUAGGCGUUGAGUGAUUGACUGAUUUUAGAUUAUCUCAACGAAAAGAAAAAAAGAUAUUAGAUUGUUCUUUUGUUUUUUUUGUUGG